AUGGCUGACGAUAUCCUUUUACCAAGUGAUGAUUGUCUUCUUCCUGAAUCUGUUGCAAAGGCACCUCUCAAACAAAGUGAGACAUCCUCUCUUUAUUACCUUCUGAUGGUUAUCAAUACUGAUCAUGGUAUCUUCAAGUGUGCCCCGAGGAACCAGGACAGAAAUAAUGGUCUAACUCCGGGGCACCUUAUUGACGCAUACUGUAUUGAGCUGAAACAAACUUAA